AUGGCCACUGCAUAUGAUGACCCCUACCUGGGUGAAGGCCCAUCGGAGGACUUUGAGUUUUCCCUGGACGAUUCUGACUCAGGGAGUGUGCUUUCUGAGGACUCAGUAUAUCCCAACUAUGAAAGGGAUGUAAAGCAUACUGAGCCAGCUAAAACACUGUACGAGGCCUGUGCUAGGAAUGACUCCGCAUCCCUACAAAGCAUAUUGAAGAGAGGGGUCACUAAAGAAGAGGCCAUGGAGCUGGACAUCAAUGGCAGAAAUGGACUGAUGGUGGCUGUGGGGAAUGGUUAUGUGGAUAUUGUUACCCUGCUGCACACGUGUCCAUUAAUAGAUAUCAACCACCAAGACAAUGAUGGCAACACUGCCCUCAUGAUUGCUGCCCAGGCAGGCUUCAUCAUCAUUCUAAACUAUAUCCUUAACUACUACUCUGGGGUGGACACUGAGGUCAGGGAUCCCCGUGGCUUCACAGCUCUCAUCAAGGCAGGCAUGCAGGGCCGAGAAGAGUGUAUGUCUGCCCUGCUAAUGCAUGGUGCUGAUAUAAAUGCAAUGGACCUGGUCCAAGGGAAAGGUCUAAAGGAGUGGGUCCUUAAAACAGGAAGGUUUGAGACUCUGAUAAGACUACGCCGCCUGCAGGCUCAUCCUGUCGCUGAGCAGUUCUGUGAAAGUUACAUUGCCACGUGGCCUGAACUGAAGCAACUAGUGGCAAAGGCCACCUGUACCAAAACAGCCAGUCAGAAGCUGAGGCAGUACCUAAAAGAAAGCCUUACUUUCAGCUUUCCUCAGGACCCCCAAAACAAUGGGCUUUUGGACCAUAUGGUGCAGAUAACCACAAGCAUUCACAGCCCCCUGAUAGCAACUGGUUGCCAUCCACUCUGUCCAACCAGCCCCCCAGAAAUUGGCAAGCGGCGGUUUGCCGUUCCUGAGCUGCUUGAAAAGCACAGCAGCAAGGAGCUGGAGGAAAGCACAGUUUCCCACAGUAAUGGUUCCAUCACCUCUGCUUCUCCCACUGCUGCCUCGGCCACCUCCAUAUCUUUGACCUCUUGCUGCCGGGAGCCAGGAUGCAGGGAAAGCAUGCCAUUAGGUAUGAUGAGAAGUUUCAUUCCCCGUAGCCUGGCACACAGGAACAGCAUAUUUCCCUCACGUUGUAUUCCUAAGAUUGACGUGACAAAGUCUCCUACUCCAAAGAGAGAGAAAAUGCCAAAAAGGCAGAAGGGCUACCUGGAACCUCCUGUCUGGAAGUACAAGGAAGCCAAAGGGGAGAAAAAGAAAGAGAAGAAGCAACAUGACAGGCAAAAUGGCCAAAAGAAAAAAUCCAAAGGGUCAAAAUGUUCACCAAGCUAA